CGCCUGGCUUGCAAGCUGACGGGUUUCGCCCAUCAGUGGUGCGAGUCUCCGUCGCCCGUGUGCUGUGGCGGAUUCCUCCCAAACCCAGUGCGUCGUGAGAGCUCGGGGCCGCAGACCGAGGCGACGGCCUAGUCUUGCGAGGGCGUCUCAGAAAUUACUUCAUCAUGAGAAAUCUGAAGUUGUUCCGGACUCUGGAAUUUAGGGACAUUCCAGCACGAGGGAAACCUCAGUGUUUCUGUCUCCGAACUGAACGGGGGACAGUGCUCAUCGGCUCCGAAUGUGGGCUGAUUGAAGUGGAUCCUGAGCAAAGAGAAGUGAAGACUGAAAUUUCUUUGGUGGCAGAACGCUUUCUUCCAGAGGACGGGACUGGCUGCAUCGUGGGCAUUCAGGGCUUGCCAGAUCAGGAGUCCGUGUGUGUGGCCACUGCCUCUGGGGAUGUCAUCCUCUGCAACCUCAGCACACGCCAGCUGGAAUGUGUUGGGAGCGUGGCCAAUGGCAUCUCUGUCAUGAGCUGGAGUCCUGAUCAAGAACUGGUGCUGCUUGUCACAGGUCAGCAGACCCUGAUUAUGAUGACAAGAGCCUUUGAAGUGAUCGCAGAGCAGCAGAUCCACCAGGAAGAUUUUGGUGAAGGCAAGUUUGUCACUCUCGGAUGGGGCAGUAGGGAGACGCAGUUCCAGGGCUCAGAAGGCAGGCAAGCAGCCUUUCCGGUGCAGGUGCAUGAGUCUGCCCUGCCCUGGGAUGACCACAGACCACAUAUUACCUGGCGUGGGGAUGGGCAGUUUUUUGCUGUGAGUGUUGUUUGCCCACAAACAGGGGCUCGGAAGAUCAGAGUAUGGAACCGAGAGUUUACUUUGCACUCAACUAGCGAGCCUGUGCCAGGACUGGGGCCCCACCUGGCUUGGAAACCUUCAGGCAGUUUGAUUGCAUCUACUCAAGAUAAACCCAACCAGCAAGAUGUUGUGUUUCUUGAGAAAAACGGACUUCUUCAUGGCCAGUUUACACUUCCUUUCUUCAAAGAUGAAGUUAAAGUAAAUGACUUGCUGUGGAACGCAGAUUCUACUGUGCUUGCUGUGUGGCUAGAAGACCUUCCAAGGGAAAACCAUCCUAUUCUGAAAAGUUAUGUUCAGCUCUGGACCAUGGGGAACUAUCACUGGUAUCUCAAGCAAAGUCUGCCCUUCAGCACCAGUGGGAUAAACCAGGUCGUGUCUCUGCUGUGGGACCCGGUGAUGCCAAGCCGGCUGCAUAUUCUCUGUCAGGGCUGGCGUUAUAUAUGCUGUGACUGGCAUUGGACCACUGACCGGAGCUCUGGAAAUAGUGCCAGUGACUUGGCAAAUGUGGCUGUCAUUGACGGAAACAGGCUGUUGGUAACAGUCUUCCGGCAGACUGUGAUCCCACCUCCCAUGUGUACCUACCGGCUGCUGAUCCCACAUCCAGUGAAUCAAGUCAUGUUCUCUGCGCCCCUCAGAAAGAGCAAUGACCUUGCUGUCUUUGAUGCCAGUAACCAGAUCUCUGUCUACAAGUGUGGUGAUAACCCAGACUUGGAUCCCACAGUGAAGCUGGGAGCUGUGGGUGGAAAUGGAUUUAAAGUUCCUCUUAGCACUCCUCAGCUGGAAAAGAGAUACAGAAUUCAGCUUGGGAACGGUGAAGAUGAGGAGGUAAACCCGCUGCAGCUGAGCUUUCUCACCUGGAUUGAAGAAGCCGUUUUCCUGGCCAUAAGCCACAGUCACACCAGCCUGCAGUCUGCCAUUUGCCGUCUGACUGUGGCUCCUUCUGAGGCGGAUGAGGAGCAGGGACAGCUGGUUGUCAGUUCAUCUGUGACGGUGGAUGGGGUCAUCAUUGGUUUAUGUUGCAGUUCCAAAACCAAGUCAUCUGUGGUCCAGCUGGCUGAUGGCCAGCUACUCAGGUGCUUUUGGGACUCACCGACUCUGACUGUGGAACCCUGGAAGAACGCUGAAGGAUUUCCUGUUCAGUUUGCUCACCCGUGCACACAGGUGGAAGUGGCCGUGAUUGGAGGACAGGAGUGUGUCCUUGGACUGACUGACAGGUGUCGCUUUUUCGUCAAUGACACCGAGGUUGCAUCAAAUAUCACGUCAUUUGCAGUGUGUGAUGAGUUUUUACUGUUGACAACCCAUUCCCAUACCUGCCACUGUUUUUCCCUGAGAUGUGCUUCACUUAAAAUGUUACAGACUGGUCUGUGCGGCAGUAAUGAGGCCAACGGAGAAAGCCUGCGGAGAGUGGAGAGGGGCUCCCGGAUCGUCACAGUUGUUCCCCAGGACACAAAGCUUAUACUACAGAUGCCGAGGGGAAACUUGGAGGUUGUUCAUCAUCGGGCCUUGGUCUUGGCUCAGAUUCGGGACUGGCUGGACAAUCUUAUGUUUAAGGAAGCAUUUGAAUGCAUGAGAAAACUGAGAAUUAACCUCAAUCUGAUUCACGAUCAUAACCCUGAGGUAUUUCUUGGGAACGUUGAAGCCUUCAUAAAGCAGUUAGAUUCCGUAAAUCAUAUUAACUUGUUCCUCACAGAACUGAAGGAAGAAGAUGUCACAAAGACUAUGUACCCUCCACCGGUGCCCAAUACUGUCCAGACAUUCAGGGAUCCUGACAAGAAGAAGCUUGACCUGAUCUGUGAUACCAUGAGGGUAGCUAUGGAGAACAUCAAUCCUCACAAGUACUACCUGUCAAUACUCACAUCUCACGUGAAGAAAACGACCCCGGAACUGGAAAUUGUGCUGCAGAAGGUACACAAGCUUAAAGCGAGAAAUGCUCCCCCUGGUCCUGAGACUGUGAGUGCAGAGGAGGCCUUGAAGUACCUGCUGCUCCUGGUAGAUGUCAACGAAUUAUAUAAUCAUUCUCUUGGAACCUAUAACUUUGAUUUGGUUCUCAUGGUAGCCGAGAGGUCACAAAAGGAUCCUAAGGAAUAUAUUCCAUUUCUUAAUGCACUUAAGAAAAUGGAGAUUAAUUACCAGCGGUUCACCAUAGACAAGUACUUGAAACGAUAUGAAAAGGCUCUUGGGCACCUCAGCAAGUGUGGACCUGAGUAUUUCACAGAAUGCUUAAAUUUGAUAAAAGAUAAAAACUUGUAUAAGGAAGCUCUGAAGUUAUAUCAGCCACAGUCACUGCAGUACCAGGCGAUCAGUGUUGUGUAUGGGGAACACCUGAUGCAAGAGCACCUGUAUGAGCCAGCAGGAUUUGUGUUUGCCAGGUGUGGGGCCCAUCAGAAGGCUCUCUCUGCAUUUUUGGCUUGCGGCAGCUGGCAGCAAGCUCUCUGUAUAGCUAGCCAGCUUCAACUCUCCGAAGACCAGAUGGUGGGCCUUGCUAGAACUCUGGCAGGAAAGCUGAUGGAGCAGAGGAAACACACUGAGGCGGCCUUAGUCCUGGAGCAGUAUGCCCAGGAUUAUGAAGAAGCUGUGCUCCAGCUGCUGGAAGGAGCCGCCUGGGAAGAAGCUCUGAGGCUGGUGUACAAGUAUGACAGAGAGGAUAUUAUAGAAACCAGCGUAAAGCCUUCCAUUUUAGAAGCCCAAAAAAAUUUCAUGGCCUUUCUGGACUCUCAGACAGCCAUAUUCAUUCGCCAUAAAGACCGUUUUCUGGUGGUUCGAGAGCUCAAGAGCCAAGGACCACAGAUGCAUGUGGAUAACGAGAUGGUAGCCCCUGGGCCAGAGUCGGAUUUCUUCUCGGAGAGUGGGAGUGAGAUGAGUGGCAGAUACUCGCAGAGUAACUCCCGGAUAUCUGCGAGGUCAUCUAAAAACCGGCGCAAGGCAGAGCGGAAGAAGUACAGCCUCAAAGAAGGGAGUCCUCUAGAGGACCUGGCACUUUUGGAUGCCCUGAGUGAAGUGGUACAAAGCAUUGACAAGAUGAAAGACGAAGUGCACAGUAUAUUAAGGGCGCUCUUUGUCCUGGCGUUUGAACAGCAAGCACAGGAACUGCAGAAGGCCUAUGAGAAUACUCUGAAGCUCAUGGAGAAGGCACUUCCGGAAAUCUGGACUCUUGACUGCCAGCAGAGUUCACUCACAUCGGUCCUAGGUCCGAGUUCCACUGUGAAUAGCAUCACUGCCUCUUACCAGCAGCAGCAGCAGCAGCAGCAGCAGCAGCAGCAGCAGCAGCCACAACCACCAUCUGUUCCUGUUCUCGAUGCUGGAAUCUGUGUGCCACCAAAGAUUGACCUGAGAGGCCUGUGGAAGCUGAGCCUGCUGGACUGACUGACCUGUGAAGAAGGCAUCACUGGGAAGACCAUUUGCCCCCUCACUCCUCAUUGUGCUUCUAGUUCUUGCUCCUUAGAGGCCCGGCUGUUGAGAACUGAGAUAUGGGAUGGUCUGCCUUUGCCCUGCCUACAGCUGCUGUGAGACCAGACUUAGCACUAAGCAGUCUGGUUCUUACUUUAAGUACUGCCAGAACUUUGUUUCAGCCAACAUAUUACAGUUUGUUUUUUUAAAUGCUAUUUUUAGCUGGGCAUGGUGGGGCAUGCCUAUAAUCCCAGCAACGCAAAAAGCUGAGGCAGAAAGGCAGGUUCAAGACCAGUGUGGGAUACAGCAAGACCUUAUCUCAGAACAGCCCAACCUGCUGUUGUUGUAUUUAGUGCUCUUUGAGAACAUGGCUUCUAAAGCAAAAAAUCAUGGACUAGAUUUUCAUGCACAGAUCCAGGCCUAGUUUCUGUUGUAACCAUGGUAACGCUAAUCAUUGAUUUGAUCCUCAGUUCCUGUGUAGAUAGGGAGUGAUGUUUCAUUCUACCUCGUAAAAAAAAAAAACAAAAAACAAAAAAAAAGUGGAGUUCCAUUUCUGUGUUGUUUUGCAUUGCUAACAUUGUGUAUUGUAUAAAAACAGGCUGUGACUGCUGCCAACAUUCAGUCAGAUGUGAUUGUGUAGCUGGCAUCUUCCCGCCCGACUCAAAGCAGAAUAAAAAGUUAAAUGUG